GGACGGGGCUAUGGACUGAAAUGGGCGUGCAGAACGAGAAGGAGGGACCGCGCACGCUCUGGUCACCUGGGUACUGUUGCCCGGGUAGCGGGGGCCGCGUCACACCAACUUCCGGCCCCGAGAAUCAGGAAUGGCGGCUCACCAGGAGGUGACGAUGUACGAUGAUGAAGUCAGAUCGCGCUACGGCCGGCUGGAGAAAAUGACGGACCUGGUGGCGGUGUGGGAAGUCGCGCUCAGCGACGGCGUCCAUAAGAUUGAGUUUGAACACGGGACGACGUCCGGGAAGCGAGUGGUGUAUGUGGAUGGGAAGGAGAUUAUCCGGAAGGAUUGGAUGUUUAAACUGGUGGGGAAGGAGACGUUUCCAGUGGGCGCGGCUCAGACCAAAGCCACCAUCAACAUUGACGCCGUCAGCGGCUUCGCCUACGAGUACACGCUGGAGGUGAACGGCAAGAGUCUGAAGAAGUACAUGGAGAACCGCUCCAAGACCACCAACACCUGGGUGCUCCACCUAGACGCCGAGGACUACAGGGUGGUGCUGGAGAAGGACACGAUGGACGUUUGGUGUAAUGGUGAGAACAUGGAGACAGCGGUAAGUGCCCAGAGCGGCUCCUGCGCUACUUUUAUUUUAUUGAUUAGAAAGUUAAGGUGA